UUGGGAUUUCAUUCCGCCAGAGACGGCUUCCUUUGAAUUUUGAAAGCUUCUAUUUUUCAUUCGGUUCUCGGAUCAAACAUGAAUGCGUUAGCGGCAACCAAUAGAAAUUUCAAGUUGGCAGCACGCCUUCUGGGUUUGGAUUCAAAGCUCGAAAAGAGUUUACUCAUUCCUUUCAGAGAAAUCAAGGUUGAGUGCACCAUACCCAAAGAUGAUGGCAGUUUGGCCUCUUUUGUUGGAUUCAGGGUUCAGCAUGAUAAUGCUAGAGGCCCAAUGAAAGGAGGAAUUAGAUACCACCCAGAGGUUGAUCCAGAUGAGGUGAAUGCUCUAGCACAACUUAUGACUUGGAAGACAGCCGUAGCAAACAUUCCAUAUGGUGGUGCUAAAGGGGGUAUAGGGUGUGAUCCAGGGGAACUAAGCAUUUCUGAGCUAGAGCGACUUACCAGAGUUUUCACACAGAAGAUUCAUGAUCUAGUUGGAGUACAUACAGAUGUUCCAGCACCUGAUAUGGGAACUAAUCCCCAGACAAUGGCAUGGAUACUGGAUGAGUACUCAAAAUUUCAUGGCUACUCACCUGCAGUUGUGACUGGAAAACCUGUUGAUCUUGGUGGAUCUUUGGGAAGAGAUGCAGCUACUGGAAGGGGAGUACUUUUUGCAACACAGGCCCUGCUUCAAGAAUAUGGAAAGAGCAUCUCCGGCCAACGAUUCGUCAUACAGGGGUUUGGAAAUGUCGGUUCCUGGGCAGCCCAACUCAUCAACGAAAAUGGUGGGAAGAUUGUUGCAGUAAGUGACAUUACUGGAGCCAUAAAGAAUAGCAAUGGAAUAGACAUACCAAGAUUGCUUAAACAUACCCAUGAGAAUCGAGGAAUCAAAGGUUUCAGUGGUGGAGACCCCAUUGAUCCAAAGUCAAUACUGGUUGAGGACUGUGACGUUCUUAUUCCUGCAGCCCUUGGCGGUGUCAUCAGCAGGGAAAAUGCAAAUGAGAUAAAAGCCAAAUUCAUUAUUGAAGCUGCCAACCAUCCAACUGACCCAGAGGCUGAUGAGAUAUUAUCAAAAAAAGGUGUUAUAAUCCUUCCAGACAUAUAUGCCAACUCAGGUGGAGUUACUGUGAGUUAUUUCGAGUGGGUUCAGAAUAUUCAAGGGUUUAUGUGGGAUGAAGAGAAAGUGAAUAAUGAACUAAAGACAUACAUGACAAAAGGUUUAAAGGAUGUUAAAGAGAUGUGUAAGACUCACAACUGUGAUCUUCGUAUGGGAGCCUUCACCUUAGGAGUCAACCGGGUUGCUCGUGCAACUGUCCUCAGAGGUUGGGAAGCCUGAGAUGAAGUACUGCAAAGACCAUGAAGAUUAAGCAGCAUUGCACUGGGAAAGCAUUCCUCUUGUCCCCUAUGACUUACCAAUAAUUUUUCUAUUUUAUGUAUGCUAGUUUCGUUUUAAGGCUUUAACUUUUUGUCAGCAACUUCUUCUUUUUUAUUUAUAAGAAGGCAGAAGGCAACCAGAUUCAAAUGAGGGAACAGAUGUUGAUAAUUGCACCUUU